AUGAGGAACCGAGGUGUACAUCGCUGCAUCAUCAGCGUAGGCAGUAGCAAUGCUGCGCACGUACGGCGCUGCGCCGUCAGCUGCUGCACUUUAGCAUCUGCAAACCUCGCUCGCCGAGACUUGACCUCCUCCUCAGCAGCCCACUCGAAUUCGGGCACCUUCCGAGAUGGGCGCUUCGAUCCAUACAAUGCUAUCAUAGCUGAUAUAACCUCCUCCUCGACGUCUUCGCCAUCGGGCGCCGCAACCAAAGGUCGUUUGAAAGGGUGGACAGCAGCCAUCAAGUCCAACAUUUGCAUCCGUGACCACCCAACCACAUGCUCGAGCGCGAUGCUGCAGCAUUUCAAGCCGACGUUUGAUGCUUCGGCCGUGUCUCUUCUCCGCCAAGCUGGUACGGACAUUCGCUAUAUUACCAAUUGCGAUGAGUUCGGCAUGGGUUCGAACAAUAUCCAUUCGGUGCAUGGACCCGUGCGCAAUCCAGCAUCUCCUCGAUCAGAAAGCGGACCCAUUUGGAACCUGGAAGAAGAGAGAGUGGCAGGAGGAAGCUCGGGAGGAUCCGCAGCAGUAGUCAAGGCAGGUUUGGUAAGGUUUGCGCUGGGAAGCGAUACAGGUGGCAGCGUCAGACUACCCGCAGCGUAUUGUGGCAUCGUCGGCCUCAAGCCAAGCUACGGCUUGGUCAGUCGUUGGGGGCUGGUUUCGUAUGCUGAUAGCCUGGACACAGUCGGUGUGCUAGCGAAAACGGUCGAGGAUGUCUCUGUUGUGCACAGCGUCCUCUCGCAAAACGAUCCACACGAUCCGACAAGCGCUAGUCAACAAGCUCGUGCAGCAGCAGCAACGACUGUCGAAACUUUGAUCAGCGCGCUACCUUCUUCAAACUCCUCACAGCCACUCAAGGGCCUUCGAGUCGGAGUGCCCAAGGAGUACUUCCCUGUCGAAUUGCAUCCACGAGUGCUACCGCCCUUCCGACGCGCAGUGGCUGGACUCGAAGAGCUUGGAGCUCAAGUUGUCCAGAUCACCCUGCCCAGUACGCCUUCUGCUCUCAGUGCCUACUACAUCAUCUCUUCAGCCGAGGCAAGCAGCAAUCUAGCGCGCUACGACGGCGUCGAAUAUGGGUUUCACACACCUAGCGCACCAGGCCACCAUGCAUAUGCAGCCACACGUACCACGGCCUUCGGAGACGAGGUGCGCAAACGUAUACUACUAGGUACGUUUGCUUUGACCGCUGAUGCGUAUGACAACUAUUUCCUCCAGGCAUCGCGCGUUCGAGCCCAGGUUCAGGAGGAUUUCGCGUCUGCUUUGCGGAUCCGCAAUGCUUCCACUAAGGAUGACAAGCUGACAGCGCGGGAUCAAGAAGGAGUCGACGUGAUCCUUCACCCUUCGGCCGUUGAUACCGCGCCAACGCUUGCUGCAGCCAUGCAACCUGGCGAACCCAGCGCCGCUGAGUAUGUCCAGGAUGUCUUGACUGUACCUGCGAGCUUGGCCGGGCUGCCAGCUUUGGCUGUACCGGCAGGGGCAGCAUCCGAUGACGGCUGGCCGGUCGGCGUGACGCUCGUAUCUCAGUGGGGAUGUGAUGAGGUGCUUCUACAUGUGGGUAAGCACCUCCAGACGCAGCUCGGCACAUAA